AUGGCAAUCAAACCUAUUCAAGCGUUCAACCUCAACAAGGAGAACGGAGAUGCCGAUUUCCUACCUAUACUAUGCUCUUUUCUAUCACUCUUGUACGGAACCCGGCGGACACCCUGGCUCACACCCUCUGAAAUGACAUUCUGUCGAACUCAACUAGAAAAGUUUGGUCCACAGCAGUUCACUGCUAAUCUUCGAGAUCGACUCUUCAGCCAAAUGAGUAUGGCUAUCAUGCCCUGGUCCAGUACCAGAUACGCAUUACAAGGCCAUUUCGAGAUCGCCAGCAAGAUCAUGACUCGAAAGGGAAACCCUUUCAAGAUCCUUCGCGAGAUUCCAUCUCAUCCUGUCGAUCGCAGCAAGCAGGACAUCCUUCGACAUGUGAAUAAGGUCGGGCGGUUCAACAUCCCGUUGGAGGAAAUCAACGAUAGCAACGUUGAUGCUAUUCUGGUGCUCUGCAUUGGUUUACUGGGAGGUGAACGAGGCGAAGCAUUCGUGAUUGAACAAGUGGUUCAUAUUGCGCCAAUUGCUCUAUCUUAUGCCGAACACCACACAAACAAUCCAUUGUUCUUUGGCCCUGUGGUGUCACCACCUCCCAUCGCCCCUCUGUUUCAACAGCCAUUGCCAUCCCCAGCAUCGCCUGCAGGGCGGUCUAUCACUCGUGGUCGGUGUCGCCGUCGCUCUCUCUCUCACUCCAGGUCUCGCUCCCGGUCUCGAGAAAGCUCACGAUCUACUGAUCGCUCGUGUGCUCCUCCCUCUGGGUCAUGGCGGCAUGACUUUCACACUUGGAUUGCGAGUGUGAAUAUAUACAAGUUUGGGGGCGUUCUAUUCAUCACAGGAGGGCUUCUCUUUUACAUGCUUGCGCUGUUUCUGUCUUCCAGUAGAAUUAUCGUGUUGCGUAUGGAAAUGUAA